CAUCCUUCCACUUGUUAUCCUACUUAAAAGAUAACCAAACAACAAUUAAAAUAUUAUUAUUUUCCAAUCUUAAGCAAAAAUUUCCACACCAUACAUAACCUAUACUCUAUUAUUGUCUUGAUUUAAUUGUAUAAUACGUUUAAGCUACUCACUGCUAAAGACUAUCUACAAAUGUCAGUAUUCAAGAAGAAUUUAACUUUUAGAAGGUGUGAUUUUCUCAUAUUACUAUUCUAUACAAUGUUAAAUUUCCUUGUAUUUGAAAGCAUCGCAGUUUAUUCACCGAUGAGUAGUAACAUAAUGGCUGAGCUUAAAUUCACAAAACCAUGUCCAGAAGAAGACUACCGAUUUCACGAUGCUACAGGGAACUUUUUGUGUGUUGUACCAACGGCAAGAAGAUGUUUUGAUUUAUGCCAAAAAUACGAUUGUACUGAAUGGUACUACAUGAGUUUUAUUCCAUCUGGCAGUAACGAGAUUAAACGGCAUCAUCGGUGUCGUUGUUUCCCCGAGUAUCGGAUGUGCUUUUAUAAUCCUGUGCCAAGAAGAUUUCGUGAUUUUGAUUGA